AUGAAUCCAAAUAGUAGAUACAACGGACCGAAUAUCUUACUUGAGCUCAAACAAGCCCGCGCAGAUUUUCGUCAGGCUUGCCAGGGAGAAGAGCAAUUAAAAAAAUCACAGGUAAGCUUAUAAAGAAACAAUGAUUAUUUUUGUGAAGCAGAGUGAAAGUAAAAUCGUAACGAUUUGAACGAGAGAACUUUCGAAGAAUAUUUAUAUUAAGCAUAGAUGCUAUAAUAGUAUCUUGUAGAAUUCAUAUUUGGUAUAGAACAACAAUAAUCUUUUGUACAUGUAUUUAAGCGACAGAGUACAACGAUGAGACAAAACUGAGCAAUUUCUGCCAAUGAUUGUCAUUUUGCCGAUUAUUGAAAAAGAUUAUGUCACAUUUUCUUCGAUUUCUUUUUCUAGUUUCAUAAUUUCGUUUUUAAUUAUUUUUAUUCUAAGAAUAUUAAAGUACACAGGAAGCAGAAAUAUUUCUUCAUUCAAAUUGUGUUUAUAGGAACACUGUCAUAAACUUGAUCAUGUCUCUGAAUAUUGUAUUUUGUAAGGUUUCACUGUAGCACCUGUAAGAACGAUAAACAAUUACCGAGGAUUAGUUUCAAACCUCUUUUCUUCCAUUUGCAACCUUUAUACAGCACCAGUUUCACUUACUUGAACAAUGCUUAUAGAAUGUAACUUACAGUUACCAUUAAUAUCAUUAUUAUUAUUAUUAUUAUUGUUAUUAUUAUUAUUAUUAUUAUUAUUGUUAUUGUUAAUGUUACAAUUAUGUAGGAGCAUCUAAUUUAUCAGAGCUUGUUUGAAUGAAGCCCUGACAUUGUUAAGUUUUCUUCAUGAGUGACCAGCUGUAGAUACCUUGUUAGAAGCCCCUUGUGGAAGGGACGGGAGGGGAGGGGGGUUACUUGGGAUAAUCUUUGUCGGGUCUCUGCCACCACUAGCCUCUCAGAACCCCUACCCCAUUACAGUGGCCAUAUUAUAGACCCCAUCUUAGUCACUUUAGAAAAAACGUGAUCCCAACUUAGUGACUGUCUGUUUAUGCAUCUACCUUAUAACACCUUUUGAGCAGGUCAUCCAUAAAUUAACUGACAUGUUUGUUAAAUUUAAUGUGGUGUAAAUCUUCCUAAUACCUAAUUUUUCUGACCCCCAAAAUCCUGAAAACGUGCGACCCCAUUCUAUAACUCUUAAAUAAAAGAAAUAUAAAAGUCAAUCCAGUCGUGAAAAUACGACCCCAUCCAGCAGCACGUACCUGUUAGCGUACUUCUAGGAAGUAAACCCCUCCCCUUCCCUCCCCUUCCCCGGGCUGGAAGUCUGUUUAGCCUCUAAGUUUUUUUUUUGUAAGGGCAAAAAAAAAAACGAUAGAGGGUUUCCCUGAGGGAACUCAAGUGAAGCGAAUAUUAUAGGGACAUGUAUAAAACUUAUAUUUAUGGAUCAGACAUGAAGCAGGGGUAAUUCGGUUUCAUAAACUUUUAACUGUAAGCUACAUCUCUUUGCUGAACUCUUAGUUUGUAGUAUCCUGCAUUGCAUGUCGUAAUUGAAUUGAUGUCUCGUCACAGAAAUGACAGAGUAAGCUGAGCUGACUAGCAUAUCCCUGUAGGAUAACAAGUAAAAACAUUAAUUUGUAACUAUUUUAUAUUAGAAAAUGAGAACUCAACAUCCAUUUUAAUGUGUAUAAAUAAUAAAAAAUUGCUUCACUUUUUUAGGCUGAGAGACACAUUUGGGCUCUCAAAGGACUGUACAAAGUAGUAACCAAAAGCAAUCCGCCGGACACUGAAAACGAGAGUGAAUUAUCGGGCCUGGAGCAAACGGAAGAAGAGACAACAAAGCAAGCGAAAGCCUUCAUAAAAGAAACAAAACUAAGAAGAUCUGAGAAUAGUUCUGGUUCUCGAUCAAUAAGCAGGAAAAGAAAAUUGCCCCAAAGUCACUCAAGAUCAAGGACCCCAAAAAUGAGCAAGGAAGAUAAUACAGACAACAGUCAAUCGGAAUCUUCAGAAAGUACAGAAAACAGCAAGAAAGAUAAUACAGACAGCAGUCAAUCGGAAUCGUCAGAAAGUACAGAAAGCAACGACGAGGAAGAUGAAGAGAAGGAUGCGAAACCAAAUAAAAGAAACAAAUUUCGUUGCCCUCUUCGCGGCUGUGGCUCCAAAGUAUAUAAGCUCCCUCGUCAUUUAAAGAAUGUGCAUGGCUGGAGUGCCGAAAGAGCCAGAAAUGCUGUUAAUCAAUUUGACAUGCGCCACGACCAACGAAACUCGAAGAAGCCAAAAGAAGUGAGGAAUAAGAGAAGGAGAAAAGUCUGUUGCGAGUGUGGGCGCAAGCAAAGGUAUCUAUCAAAACACUUACAGAAGCAGCACGGGUACAUACAAGGCACAAAGAGGUAUUGGAAGGCUCUUAAAGAAUCCCGGCCUGUCUAUCAGUCCAGUGCUUCUUUCGCUCAGAAUUUUGUCGAGAUAGAAGGUGACUCACCAGGUGAAGAAGCUACUGAAAAAAAAAAGUAA